AUGACAAUUUUAUUAAAUACGAGCAUCUUACGAUUUAUCCAGCUGUGAAAAUCUAAAAUUGCGUCUAAUUUUAUUUUACGAGAAUAAAAAGUUAAUAUAACGUAAAUUGAUUUACAAGUUUUAAAUCGUAAUAUAAUCGAUAGAAGUUAAAAUGGCUUACGCCUACUUGUUUAAAUACAUCAUCAUUGGAGAUACAGGUGUGGGCAAGUCUUGUCUGCUACUACAGUUUACAGACAAGAGGUUCCAGCCUGUUCAUGAUUUAACUAUUGGUGUGGAAUUUGGAGCUCGUAUGAUUACUAUUGAUGGCAAACAAAUCAAACUGCAGAUAUGGGAUACUGCUGGCCAAGAAGCAUUCAGAUCAAUCACUCGUUCUUACUACAGAGGUGCUGCAGGUGCUCUUCUAGUAUAUGAUAUUACUAGGCGAGAGACAUUCAAUCAUCUUACUACCUGGCUUGAAGAUGCACGCCAACAUUCCAACUCUAAUAUGGUUAUUAUGCUUAUUGGAAAUAAGAGUGAUCUAGAGUCACGACGCGAAGUAAAGAAAGAGGAAGGUGAGGCAUUCGCCCGUGAACAUGGACUUGUGUUUAUGGAGACGUCAGCAAAAACUGCCGCUAACGUUGAGGAGGCUUUCAUUAACACUGCUAAGGAGAUCUACGAAAAGAUCCAAGAGGGUGUUUUCGACAUUAACAACGAGGCGAACGGCAUCAAGAUUGGGCCCCAGCACUCGACAGCGGGAGGGGCGAAGGCGGGAGGCGCGGGAGCGGGGGGCGCGGCCGGGGGUGGAUGCUGUUAGGUGCUCGGUUGCACACACUGAGCGGGCUUCUAGGAAAGGUACAGAUGUGUGCAAUAUAUACGGAUAUGGAACUUACUGCAUGCCGGAUUAAAUUAAUUUUUAUAAGCUACAAUAGGUUGCGUUUAAAUGUCUAGGGUGGACUCUGGUCAGUCCACACUAGCAUUAAUAUAUUCUUCUUGUAUUUUACCUGUUAUAGGUGAAUAUAAAGUACUGUAUUAACAUCUUAUAUGGAAUUUAAUUAACUGUUUGCUGCUUGUUAUAAUGAUAGUAUUACAUUUCAAAUACUAUGGUGGUUUUUAACAGGGCUUACAUAUGACUGAAAUGUUAUAGUUUAAAGCUUUCCAACCCUAUUAUUAUAAUGAGCAGUGGACCGUGAUUAUCUUGUAUUGGGAUGGCCUUGAGCAUAUGUAUGAUUUACUUACAAAACCUUAGCAUGUAUCAAUUAUGAUUAAAGUAUGGAGUAGCUCCAACAUACGGUUGCAUGGACAUCCAUUUAAAGAAAAAUUAUGUACUUUAGGAAUUAUGUUAUUAGUACGGCAGUAAAGUUAUCUUCUCAAAUCUUUAAAUUAGACUUAAGUCAACCGUUUAUAAAAAGAUUGGACUAUGGCUAAGUCUGCAAUUCACUUAUAAGGUCAAUGCAUGCAUGACCUACUUGACAAUUAACUUUGACUUCAGUUCACACUAAUUGACAACUGACAUUUUUUAUAAAAACAUUUGUCAACUUGUUACAGCUUGGAAUUUUCUCCGUCUUACAGUUAUUUAGUACAAUUUCAGCUUUUAGCUACUUUUUAACAGCCCAGCUUAGCCUACAGACGUGUCAAAAAGUUGGAAUGUAAUAAUUAUUUUAACAAAGUUGUUGAAACUGUCACAGAGAUCAGUUCUAAACAGUUAAGCCCAUAAAGUAUAGCUUUGGUAUGAAAAAUGUAAAUGUUUGAUGUUAGCUUAUGUGUUGUAUUGUGUUGCUAUGACGCAUUUACAUUAAUAUUUGAUUAUGGAACAACUAAUUUUACUGCUAUUCUCUUUAUGGUCGUUUUUUAAUUCUUGACGUUUUAAAAUCGCUUCUAGCGCAUCUCGUGUUAACAAUUCAUUUUAAAUAAAUUGCUAAUUUGUGAUUUAUGUGUAAUUAUUAAAUUUAGUGUGUUUAUUUAUGACCAAUACACUAUAUUUGAAAUAAUUUCAAAGUGCAAUGAUUAUUAUUUAUAUAAAUAUCUUUUUAUAACUAUAAAUGUUUAUUUCUACAACUCGUAAUAGAUUCUUUUAAAUAUCUUGUUGAACUAAUAUCCCUGAAUUCGCGACGAAUUUUAAAUAAAUUAAUAGUAAUGAACUAUGGUAAUAAAGCCAUGAAAAAGGGUACAUUUUACAGGCGUGAACACAAGUAAAACCAAAGUUGUUUAUCAGGCAACCUUGUGGACAGUUAUUUGUAUUAAAGAGAACUGCUUGCAUAGUAAAGGACAUGAAAUAAGGUUAUUUUUAAGUUUAGCACAUUAUGAUGUAGUAAUAUUUUAUAAGGUUACAAUGUGCGACAUAUUUGUAAAGCAUAUUCAUUAAAUAAAUGUUUUAAAGGUA